CUGUUCCUCUCCUGCAGAAGAGCUUCCCCUAAACUUUCAUAUUCCACCUUCAAAUAAGCCACGAUGAGCAGACAGGCGCCUACAGUGAGAUCUGUCCUGGGACGAAGAGGCUUCAGUUCAGCUUCGGAGAUUUGUGGUCGAAGCUACGCUGCCUCUGCCUGCCAACCUGUCCGAUGUGGAGCUGGUGCCUAUAGCAGCAGGAGUGUCUGCAACCUGGGUGGAAACAGGAGAAUUUCCUACGUGAAUGGAGUCUGCGGUACUGGAUGUCUUGGAGAGUUCGGCUUUGGAGGUGUAGGCUACGGUAGUGUUGGAGGAAGGGUUGGCCUUUGUGGCCCCAGGGGAUAUAGUAUUGUGAGAGGUUACCCCGAUCGCAAAGCUGAUGGCAUCCAAGGUAUCUGCAUCGACGAACGGCUUCUGAAGCCCCUCUGCGUUGGGGUCGACCCACUGGAACAUGAAAUACGCUGUCAGGAGAAGGAACAGAUCAAGACGCUCAACACUCAGUUUGCCUGCUUCAUCGACAAGGUCCGAUUCCUGGAGCAGCAGAACAAAGUGCUGGAGACCAAGUGGGGCCUCCUGCAGCAAUACGUCCUACCAAAGAAAGGGAAAAACCUUGAACUCUACUUUGAGAAUUACAUCUGCGACCUGCGGAAGCGCCUGGACUGCUUGCUAUGUGAAAAGCAAAAACUGGGCAGCGAAGAAUGUGCCACAAGCCAGCUGGUGGAGGAGUUCAAGUGCAAAUAUGAAGAGGAAAUCAACAGGCGUACAACUGUGGAGAAUGAGUUUGUGGCACUCAAAAAGGAUGCAGACUGCAUCUUUUUGAACAAGGAAGAGCUGGAGGUGAAGGUGGAUCUGUUAAGAAGGCAGUUGGAGUUGCUGAAAUGUGUGUUUGAGGAGGAACGAGCUCAGGUAGAUCGCCAGCUAUGCGACACUUCAGUCAUCGUGAAAAUGGACAACAACCGAGACCUGGACAUGGAAAGCAUCAUCAAGAACGUUGAAUGCUGGUACCAAGAAAUAGCUCAGAAGAGCAAAGAAGAAGUUGAUGCUUUCUACCAAACCAGGUUUCAGGAGCUUCAGGAUAAGAGAGGCAAGUAUUGCGAUGAUCUGCAAAACAACAAGUGUGAGAUUUCAGAGCUAACCCGGAUGAUACAGAAGCUGCAGUGUGAACUGGAGAACGUGAAGAAGCAGGUCUCCUGCCUGCAAACCUCCAUUUGUGACGUUGAGCAGCGUGGGGACUGUGCUCUCAAAGAUGCCCGGGAGAAGCACGUUGAGCUACAGAAUGCCCUCCAGAAGGCCAAGGAUGAGCUGGCUUGCAUGCUGCGGGAUUACCAGGAGCUGCUGAAUGUCAAGCUGGCCCUGGAUAUCGAGAUUGCAACAUAUAAGACUCUACUGGAGGGUGAAGAGAGCAGGUGGCUUUUAGAUGGAGGGGGAGAAGGUCAAAUUCAUGACCCUUUUCUACUCUUGGAGGCAACAGUGAGCUGCCCUGCUGUGGUCAGCAGUGGCUACAAUAUCCCCGAUGACUGCGGGAUGCUGGCUGCAAACGGGGCUGUGUGUGGCUACGGCUCCCUGGGGAGACGAUCCGGACGACACAGCUCCCAGAAUGGAGGAUUCAGCUCCCGGAGCGCUGGGAUCCACCCCAAGAGAGUCAUUAGCUCGGUGGCCAAGCAGUGUGUCCCAGAGGUGUAUUGCCAAGCCGGAGGGGUCAACUGCAAAAAUGGGGGAUUCAGUUCCCGGAGCGGGGGGUACCCAGCCCGCACCGUCAUCAGCACGGGAAAUGGGGGCUUAAAUGCUAGGAUGGGGCCUUGCCAAGCUGGUGGGGUGGUCAGCUUCGGAAACCAAGGCUGCGUCAUCAGGCAGCUGGGGGGCUCUCCGGUUGUCGUUGCAAACAGCCCUGAAGUUGUGGGGUGCAACAACGGUGUGGUGGGGAACUUCGGGGUGGUCAGAGACCCGUGUGUUGUCCCAUAG